GGCUCCUGCAUCCUCUGCCUCUGCUCCAGGGCGUUUGUGGAAGAUCGGAAAUUGUGCAGUUUGGGAUUAAAAGGCUACUACGUUAAAGACGAUGGCAACAGUGCAGCUAAAGUAACAGUGCUGUGUGUAGGAGAGCAAGCUACAGAAGAGGAAGAAGGUGGUCGUUCCCGGGGCACUGCAGAGUCACGUGACAGCAAAGACGUAGGCCCAGAUGAAAGUGAACUUGAUUCUGAGGCUGAACUCAUGAGAAGCAUGGGACUGCCACUUCAGUUUGGUAGGGUGUCUGCACAUAAGAAUUUUGAGGUAUCUAUGAAUACUAGAAACAAAGUUAAAACAAAAAAGAAAAAGAAAAAACAUCAAAAGAAGUACUUAGAUGAAAUUAAGAGAGAAUCUUGGAGACAAGAAUGUGAGGAAGAUGACAUUUUGGCUUCAGAUGAUCCAUCUUCAUCUGAGAAUGAGAACACCAGAAGGUAUAAACUUCAAACCAAAAAAGACAUUGAAGGUGAGAACCUUCCUGCUGAAAAUACAUUACCUCCAAAGCUGGAGAUUACAGAGCUCUGGGAGAAGUACUGGAAGGAAUACGGGGGGGAACUGCUGUGGCAGAGCUGGCAAGAAAAGCAUGCAGGUCAGACGCCGUGCUCAGAACCCUGGAACGUCCCUAAUACGAAGGAGGAAUGGGAGCAGCAUUAUAGCCAGCUGUACUGGUAUUAUUUGGAACAGUUUCAGUAUUGGGAAGCUCAGGGUUGGACUUUUGAUGCUUCACAAAGCUGGGAUACAGAUACUUGUGGGUCUAAAACAGAAGUUGACAACAAGAAAGGCGAAAAUCGCACGAAAGCAGAUGAACUUUCUUCUCCAUCUUCAUCAAGGGGCAGCGAAAGCUCUCGUUCGGGUGAUAAAGAUCAUAAUGAAAUUCUUGAUGGACUUAGUAAUAUAAGUCUGAAUUCAGAGGAAGUGGAGCAGAGCCGAUUACAUCCCUCUGUGAGUUGUGAUGGAUAUCAGUGUUUAAGUGAAGUUAACAGCAGAAGAGAAUGCCCUGCUUCGGGCCAGAGUGAGCCAUGUAAUGGAGGAAGCAAGGAGAGCAGCUUGUCUGGGAACAGAAGCACAAGCCAGCCAACUCAGGAUUCACAAGAGUCCUCAGAAGCAAACACAAUCAAAGACAGACCACGCCUCAUCGGCGCUGAUGGAGAUGAGGGUGGCGAAGAUCCUCCUGAACAGAAGCCAGGCAAACUCAAGCGGAGCCAUGAAAUGGACAUCGAUGAAAACCCGGAUUCAGACUUGGAUGUCGACGGUUCCCUUCUAGGAUUCAAGCAUGGCUCAGGACAAAAAUAUGGUGGAAUUUCAAAUUUCAGUCACCGGCAGGUCAGGUAUCUACACAGGAAUGUGAAGUACAAGUCAAAGUACUUGGACAUGAGAAGACAAAUCAAUAUGAAAAACAAACACAUCUUCUUCACUGAGGAGCCAGGAAAAACUCUUUUCAAGAAAAGCAAAACUUUGAGUAAGGUAGAAAAAUUCCUAAAAUGGGUUAAUGAACCAAUGGAUGACGAAGCAUCACAGGAGCCAGCUUCUCAUAACAACGUGCAAGAUACUUGCACAAGCAGUGAUUCAGAGGAACAAGAAGUGUCUGUGGAAAAGGGGGAUGACCCACCGGAGACGGGUGAGCCGGAACCUGGAAAGCGUCGUGCCGUGUCUCCAGCUGCGGAAGUGGGAACCGAGAGAACCGACAGGGGCGGCACGGAAGCCGCGGUGCCAGAUGAGGGGGACUGCCGCGCCCAGGCUGCACCAGACCGUCGUCAGGCAGAAGCCGAAGCUGAAGAUAAAAAGAAGAAGAAGAAGAAGAAGAAAAGCAAGACCAGGAAGGGAAUAGGUCUGCCUCCUGAGAUCACUGCUGUGCCCGAGCUGGCCAAGUACUGGGCCCAGAGAUACAGGCUCUUUUCCCGCUUUGACGAGGGGAUUAAAUUAGACAGAGAGGGCUGGUUUUCAGUUACACCGGAGAAGAUCGCCGAGCACAUCGCCGGCAGGGUCAGCCAGUCCUUCCGGUGUGACACCAUAGUCGACGCAUUUUGUGGAGUCGGAGGAAAUACCAUUCAGUUUGCCUUAACAGGAAAGAGAGUGAUCGCCAUUGAUAUUGAUCCUGUUAAGAUCGAUCUUGCUCGCAAUAAUGCAGAAAUUUACGGGGUAGCGGACAAAAUUGAGUUCAUCUGUGGAGAUUUCCUGCAGCUGGCUUCUCGUUUAAAGGCUGACGUCGUGUUUCUCAGCCCGCCUUGGGGAGGACCAGACUACGCCACCGCCAAGAUCUUUGACAUCAGCGCCAUGAUGUCUCCUGAUGGAUAUCCUUUGGAAGUCCUUAGAGUUUCCUCAGUGGGUGUGGAGAGAAAGGGUGUGUGUGUGUGUGUGUGUGUGUGUGUGUGUGUGUGUGUGUGUGUGUGAAAUGAGUGAAGAGGAGAGCUAUUAGCUAAUAGCACUUGAUAGAUUCCAGUUUGUUUUGCAUAAAAAUUAACUGGUGAGUGAUCUCCAACAUUGUAUUUAUGUAACUGUGAGGUUCCAUUUCCAUUGGUUGCUCUCCAGUUUUACCAUCACAAAACAAGAACUAGAAGGCAUUAAUUGUGUGGAAUUAUUGUCUGGAAAUGGGGGUCUCCUCAAGACCUGUCCCUAGAGUCUGGCUGACUAUCCCCUAACUUUUCUUCAGCUCACUGACUUGAAUCCUCUGUGUCUCCAAAGUUUCCCUGUUACUCUUCCAGGAUGCUGAAGCAAACCCUUAUUUCAUAAAGAAUACCAUUUGUUAUUUGUCCCUUUCUCUAUCUCUCCUCCCCGGAGGAGUCAUGUAUGACUCUAACAGGAAUGGUGUUUUAAAUUGCUAAUUAAAAUUUAGAAAAAUACAGUGGACAGAGUUACUUGUCUUUCCUCUUUACCAGAAAGAGGCGGCAUUGUGCUUUCCUAUUCUUCCUGUUGUCGCAAAACCUAGGAAAUGGCCGAAAGAAAGAAUGUGUGUCUCUGGCUCUUGGUUUCCUACCACUAGGAUAAUUGAAUAAAUAGAUUUAACCUCUAAUCCUGACCCAUCGGGGACAAUAUGCUACUUAAUUCUCUUUUAGGUCCCAUUAGAGGGUAUUGUUACAUAUCAGAGUACAUUUGGGUUAUGAUGUAGUAAGUGAAGAAUAUAUCUCUGAUCAGAAAUUAACUACUGUUUUUGUUACUUUUCCUUAACUACUGUCCACCUUUGAAAUUUUCAGGCUUUCCCAGAAGAUCACUAAUAAUAUCAUUUAUUUUCUUCCAAGAAAUGCUAAUAUCG